UAAUUUUUGUCACGCACAGAUAUCGAAGAUGGGGAAGAUUACGGGCGUUAUGAACAUUGACGAGUGCGGUCGCCGACAGGAUUUUAACGUAAAGAUCAUGAACUUUCGACAAUCGGAUGUCGUACAAACAGGUUUUUGGGCCUCCGGCAGAGGAGUGCAGCUCUUACGAACUGAAAAGGAGCGAGAAAGCGAAUUGUACAAAUCCAUCAGAGAAAAGACAUUCAAGAUCAGCACUAAAAUAGGUGCUCCCUACGUUAUUGAAGUGACCGAUGGUUCAUCACGCGGAAUUCUAAUCGGGUCAAAACGUUACGAAGGUUAUUGCAUCGAUCUCAUUGAAAAAAUCGCAGAAAGGAUCCCAGAAUUCAAAUACGAAUUCGAACUUGUGCCCGACGGAAUGCAUGGCAGUUAUAACGAAAUAACGAAAACUUGGAACGGUCUAAUCAAGCGCCUUUUGGACUUUGAAGCUGAUUUGGCCAUAUGCGAUCUCACAAUAACAUUUCAACGCAAGUCAGCUGUAGACUUUAGUUUGCCGUUCAUGAACCUAGGUAUCAGUAUUGUAUACACCAAACCGGAACAGAAGCCAGUGGAUUUCUUCUCAUUUUUGCUUCCUCUCGGUGGCGACGUGUGGAUUUGUAUGGCUACUGCUUAUCUCAUCGUAUCGAUAAUGUUAUAUCUACAAGCAAGGCAA